GGGCGAUGUCACUGAACCGGAUUUUUCAACCUUGUGUUACUGCUUUAUGAAAGGAGUUUAAAUGUUGGAACAACUCCAGAUAAAUUGCUUAGGACUAGAGAUGGUAUUGAAGAGAAAUUGGCUGAAUGUUGUGAUGCUGAAAGUAAACAAGUUGUAAAGGGAAUUCAUCAGGUUGCUAUCAGUAGUUUAGCAGAGUUGACAUCCAAGUGUAUAGAACAGUUUCACAAGGCUGGGGAAAUGAUACUUAUACAAAAAUCUGCAAUCAUAGACUUUCCUGCAUGCAGCUUUACUUUACUCAGGUUGACCAAAGUUUUGACAGCAGAAAUUGGAAUAUUGUCAACUAAAUUCGUGGAAUGUUUAAACAAGCAGGAGGGUGAUGAUGAAUUGAAAGUCAAUCAGUUGGUGACAAAUAUCUACUUGGAGGCCAGUAACAGUAGUUCUUACAUCCAAGAUGGUUUCCAGCUUUUACUUCCUGUACUGCAACAGGCUGCCAUAGAGAGGAACCAGGCACCACAAGACUGAUACCAGGUCUACGAAGUGCCAGAAGAUUACCAUAGUUUUAGCAAGACAUCAUACAUGCUGUUCUAGAUGAAAAGUGCUUGAAAUAUGACUGAAUACAUUACUGAGAGAUUGCACCAAAAUUUUUAAGUCAUAAAAUACAAUUAACUAUCUAAGGUUGUGUGUUGAUAUGUAUCAUAUAAGACCAAGUAUAACAGUGAAAGCUUG